GAGGAGCGCGAAUUCCGAGAAAGACUUGGUAAACAUGUGGAUGUGGCAUCGGCUGGUGAUAUGCCAGCUCAUCCAUCGCCUCCUAAAAUGGAGCCUGUCCCUAGCGAUAGGUGUCGUGUUCAAGUCCGUCUUCCUGACGGCGACAACAUCGUGGAGGAAUUCCCAUCUAGUGAUUGUCUAAACACUCUAAAGGAGUUGAUCAGACAGGAUGGCCGCGUUAGAGGUCAGUUCUCCAUAGCGCAGGUUUACCCUCGCAAAGUAUUCACUGAAGAAGAGCUACAAAAAACGUUCCUGGAACUGUGUCUGACGCCUACGUGUACACUGCUCGUUAUUCAGUCCCAUCCGAAAACAUCCAAUAUUAUCGCUGCCAGUCCAUUUGGAGGAGUCUUCUCCCUCAUCUCAAUGUUGCUUAUCGCACCCCUGCAGUAUGUGUAUGGUAUGAUAGCUGGAUGGUUUGGAUGGGGAUCAGGCUCUUCCACAACUUCGACAAAUCAGACGCAGCAAGAUGCAAAAAGACAACGUGAACCUCACGCUGGUGCUACAGUUCGCAGGUUACCUCGACCUCAUCUGGCCUUGGAUAUUCUUUGCUAUAUUGUUCUUGUAAUGAUCAUAUUCAGCCGAAUUUGUGCUCAGCAGGCAUGA